AUGCAUAGAAAGGAGCUGUCAGUUGCUCAACGUGAGCAAAUUAUUGGUGCAUAUAUUAGUGGUGUUAAACAAAAAGUUAUUUCUGCUCAGCUUGAUAUUCCUACCAGUACAAUAAAUGAUACUAUCAAACAGUAUAAAGAAACAGGUUUUGCAACACCUGAAAAAUUUAGAAAAUAUCUUCAUGAUGAGGGUCUAGUAAGAGUAUGGAGAAAACCAGGGGAAGCUUAUAAAGAGGAUUGUAUUCAACCUACAGUUAAAUUUGGUGGAGGAACUGUGAUGUUUUGGGAGUGUUUUGAGAAACAGCGAAAAGAUCGACUAAGAUGGAGCAGAGAAAAACAAAACUGGGAAGAAGAAUGGAAAAAUGUGGUAUGGUCAGAUGAGUCAAAGUUUGCUCUUUUUGAAUCAGAUGGCCGAGUAAGAGUAUGGAGAAAACCGGGGGAAGCUUAUAAAGAGGAUUGUAUUCAACCUACAGUUAAAUUUGGGAAACAUGGAUUCAAAUGA